AUGACCCGGGAGUUGAACACUGGAGGCCAUGCAGUGAAGGUGGUCAUCCCCAGCGCUGGGAAGAAGCGCAAAGCUUCUGCGGUGGAGGAGAAUCCGGAUGAGGUGGGAGAUGAUGUGGAGAAGGACAAGGUCAAAGCAGAAGCUGAAGAGGAAAAAGACGGAAGUGACGAUGAUGGAGCUGCAAAUUCGAGCCUCAUCAAGAUUGGUAAGGGUGCCAAAGCAAAAGCAAAACCCAAAGCCAAGAGCAAGGCGGAGAUUUCAGUGCCCAAGGCUGACAGCAAGCCGAAGUCCAAGGCAAAGGCAGAAGCAUCACCCAAAACGGCCAAGGCCAAAGCAAAGGGACGAGCCACUAAGCGUUGA